CUCCCAAACACCCCGUUCACUUACUGUUUUAGGACGAUUAAUCUUUCCUCCAGGAGCCAUGCUGAAUUCACAUGUACACUGCUAUAUAACUAAACUUCCGGCUCACUUUGCGUUCCAAGCCUCCUUCUUGCAUCUCGCUACGGCAAAGAAAUAAAAAAAUAAUGGAGUUUACUCUUGAUUGGUCGGCUGCCCGGAAGUGGACGCUCUUUCCUGAACUUAGUCUCGUUGGUCGGAGUAGGGCUAUAUAAGGCUGUGCCCCCACGUUACACGGUCUCUGUGUUCGCUGCAAGGUCAGUCGGUGUGGUUCUGUGAGGGGGUGGCUCGUUACAUUGAUUAUCUAACAUGGGUUGGAUAUGUUUAUAAGCAGUAGGGAUGCUAGUAGUUGUUGUUGUUAUUUUGGUGCCUCUAUUUCUUGGCACUCAGGGCGUUCUCUGUACCCCUGAGUGUAAUGUACGGAGGUAGAUCAUAGUCCCCGGUGCUAUGUCUUCGGUGCCAGCUCUGUCUGUGAGCUGGUUCUAUCCUCAAUCGCUGGGACAAGCUAUCAUGUGUGAUCUGUAGCGCUCGAUGGGCAUGUUCCUUAUUUAACUUUUUUAUUUUUAUUUAUCUAUUUUCAGGUUUGGAUCCCCAGAAUUCUAUCCUCCUGCCAUGUGAAAGGACCAACAGGCCUGAAUCGGACCACAAGGCUAUCUGCAGGUUUUGGAAGAUGAAUUGUAUAUGUAUGCUUUUUAAUUUUUUAUUUUUUUUUUCCUCACUUUUGCAAUUUCGUGGCUAAAGGAAAACUGAGCACCAUAACUCUUACUAAUAUGGAAUUCUGGUGCCCCGGGGUCCCUUGUGCUAGUUUACCUUUAUGGGUUAAACUAACACACUGUUUAAUCUCCGAGUAAUCAGUUAAGUACUGGUUAACUCUGCCCACUAACUUUUAGUUGUAGUCUAUUGUUUUUAAAGAGGUGCCAUAGAGCACCAAUAUGUUUCUUUCUGAGGCUUCUUGUCACCUUCAACUUAAUUCUGACUAAAUUGUUGUGGUGCUUGGGGUGUCCCUUUAAAGCUAGAAAUGGUGCAUAAUCUCAAUGGCGGUAUCUUUGUAAUAUACAAACUGCACUCUGCAUUACUUUGUCCUAAUGUGCAUAUAAAACUCUCCCUGAGAUCAGUCUAGUUAUCACUGUACAGAUGCUAUAGUAGGUAAGAUAGGUAUUAGUAAAUGCUGUUGUGAUCAAUGUAUUAAAUGCACUUACUGAUUUUAAGAAAAUUAAAGUGGGCUUGGUCUUUAACAGCCAAAAUUAACUUGGAAAGUGCUACACAUAGUGCACACUAUAGAAAAGGCACCAUGUUAAAGCUGGGUUAUGAAAGUCAUACAUAAGGGGGCAGAAAGCAUGACUUGUGCAAAUUGCAAAACGUAUAGUGCAUAGAGGUCAAUUUUCACUGCAGACUGGCAUGUCAAGUCUGCACUGACACCUUCCUGUUCAAGAACUUCUUACUUUUGUACAUUUUUUCUGCUUUUAAGAGUAAAAUCAUGUCUUUUCAAGCUGGGGGGGGGAGCGCUAACUUAAUUUGUGGAACAUAUAUGCCUGCUACACUUUGUGUUGUGACUUAGUUAAAUGUAGCAGUACUUGUAUUACUCACGCUGGGCAUCUAAUGACUAUAUAGAUCAAACCUAAUGGGAUUUGUGGAGAGAAACGCUGACUCUGACUAGAAUGUACUGUAGUUGUAAUUGUGGUCUUCAAUUUAAAUAAAACAUUUUACUCAAAUUUUGUUUUGCGUCUUCUUGGGUUAAUGUAUAUUAUGCAAUCCUUUGAAAUGUUUCACUUUUUAAACUAAUCUGUGUUCUAGAAGUAGGGUCCUAUUAAACUCUAUCAAUUUUCGAUGGGUGAGCUUGGGAUAUCAUGGAAAUGGUUGACUUCAUAUAAAUCUGCUCUGAUGGAACCCUCAGCAAUAGCAUGACAACCAUAUGGUAAUUUUAAUCCAGAUGACAAAUGGGAAGCAGGGUGUACAGAGCACCCCAUGCUAUCUGUAGUAUGGCUGCAUGGGAUCCAGGGACAUUGUUUUUUGUAUCCUGGUCCCACAUGGAAGGAGGAUUCCUAUCUACAUGCAGCUGGGGUGGAGUUUAGCGCUCUGAGUAAUAGCUGCAUGCUGAGGGCAAUCAGGAAGGAAUCACUGACUUAUCACUAUUAGAUACUGGGGGGUUUAGCCCUGAUCCUUGGUGUAAGAAGCAGGAGAAGGGAGACUUAAGUGGAUGUGACUCUGGGUGUAAGGGGUGUGUGUAUAUAUGGGUUAAGACACUAGGCAAGAUCCAAGGGGUGUUGAGCAACAGUGACUGAUACAUUUAAAGGGUGAGGUGUGCCAACACACAUCCACCCCUGGUGCCAGUGGGACAAACCCUGUUUAUGUUCAUAUAAUUUUUGUGCUAUAGAUCAUGAAGUCUAUGUAAUCUAAAAUGCAGGUACAUACUAGAAACGGGAUAUCUGCAAAAUAUAAAAGGAAUAUGAAGCUGAAAGGGAUGCAGUGUUGGUGUACCAGAGCCAGCCCCUUGCUUGUUGCAAGGAAAGUGAGAAUCCAACUUCAAAAGAGGGGUUUUCUAUACAUUUUAUGUGGAUUCAUGUAGUCUUAUCCAAAUGUAUCUUGUAUAGAAGUUUUACUUAAACUGCUUCAGACCUCUCAAUGUCCCUGCAGGAAGGCUUUCUAGGCUUCCUCAAAAUGCAAUCACAAUUAAAGGAACACUACUGUAAGCCAUACAAACAUGUAUUCCUGUCCCUAGUGUUUAACUAAGGUGACUGGCCCCCUAUAAUAACAUGGGAAAGGUGUUUUUACUCUUUCCUUGCUGUGCUUGGCCCUACCACUGUAUGCAAUCACAAACCCAUAUGAACUUUUAAAUUAUGUAAAUGUGCAUAUGGGUUUGGGAUUGCAAGUAAUCUUAAAUCUUUAUGUGGGGUUUAUGUGCAUUAGUCAUUGCUGCUGCCCAGGAGUAGUGACUUUAGGUGUUUAAGGGCUUAAAGGACCACUCUAGGCACCCAGACCUCUUCAGCUUAAUGAAGUGGUCUGGGUGCCAGGUCCAGCUAGGGUUAACUUUAUUUUUAUUUUUUUAAUAAACAGUUUCAGCGAAACUGCUGUUUAUAAAUGGGUUAAUCCAGCCCCCAAAGCCUCUAGUGGCUGUCUCAUUGACGGCCGCUAGAGGCGCUUGAGUGAUUCUCACUGUGAAAAUCAGUGAGAACACGCAAGCGUCCAUAGGAAAGCAUUGUAAAUGAUUUCCAAUGAUGCUGGCUGAAUGCGUGCAGCUCUUGCCGUGCGUGCGCAUUCAGCCAAAUGGGAGGAGGAUCGGAGAAGAGCUCCCCGCCCAGCGCUGGAGAAAGGUAAGUUUUAACCCCUUUCCUCUCCCCAGAGCCAGGCAGGAGGGGAACCCUGAGGGUGGGGGCACCCUCAGGGUACUAUAGUGCCAGGAAAACGAGUGUGUUUUCCUGGCAUUAUAGUGGUCCUCUUGGUUUUAUAUCUAAAUCUUAACUUAUCACAUAGGAAAGCACUGCACAUAUUCGCCUCUCCAUGCAAAGCGUGGAGAUGCUGAAUGUCAGUGCUGCACACUGCAGUACUAGAAAGAGCAUGUAGUGGCCCUCAGCCACAUGAGGUGUUCCUAGGUAGCAUGUAAACACUACCUCUUUCUAUGAAAAGGAAGCAUUUACAGUGCUCAAAUUGCAGGAAGAGGCUAUAUACACCAAAUGCACUCAAUUAAGCUGUAGUGGUUCAGCUAACUAGUGUCCCUUUAAAUCAUAAAGGCAAUGGUGUAUAGAACACUCCAAACAGAAGCAUAGUGCAAGUCAAUGCUAAACUCUCAGCCUAGGACAGGAUUAGUGUUCUAGGCUACCAGUGUCUUGCAUGCAGUGUCUCUGGAGAGACAGUGCAUAUGCAUUUUAUUAAAGGGACUCUCCAAUGCUAGGAAAAUAGUUUUCCUGGCACUGCAGGUCCCCUCUCCCUCCCAUCCCAGGUUGCUGAAGGGGUUAAAACCCCUUCAGUGACUUACCUGGGUCAGGGUUCGCUCACGCUCCUCCCUGCCUACAUGUUCUGGCGGGGAAGACAUAAUGUGCAUGUGUGGCAAUGCCACGCACACGCAUUAGACCUCCCCAUAGGAAAGCAUUAAAAAUGCUUUCCUUUGGGGAUUUCAGCGACGCUGGAGGUCCUUUCAUAGCAUAUAAACCUGGAAGUGCCAGCCACUAGAGGAAGAGUUAACCCUGCAAUGUAAAUAUCGCAGUUUAUGAAAACUGCAAUAUUUAUAGUUGUGGGAGUUGGCACCCAGACCACUCCAAUGGGCAGAAGUGGUCUGGGUGCCUGGAGUGUCCCUUUAAGCUAUAAAGUGGACUUUGCGUAAAUUUGUAACAGCUGUGGUAUGAUUAGUUUACAGAGCAAUGUCAUAAACCCGGUUAUACCUGGACAACUUUCUUGUCUUUUACAACCACAUGUUAAAGCAAAUGUGAAGUUACAUAGACCUGAGUAUUGGUGCACCAAUAUGGUUAACAAGGGUAUAAGUUCUAGGUGCGGUCUUCGUUUCCUGAUUUUUAUUUGUGGUAAAGUGGUCAGGACAGCGGUUUCCCCUAGAGGAGUAAAUAUUUCUGUUUUUAGUACACCUUUAUAACCCAGUAAUGUGUAAAGAGAGCAAAACGCCUUCUCACUUUGUAUUUUGAUAUUUUCUGUCUACACAUUUGGAUAUUACACUGUGAAAGCUAGCUUGUAAACCUACCUGUUGCUGUGCCAGUGGAGGACAAUUUUAGGCAGAUUAAAGGGACACUACAGGCAUCCACACCACUAAAUUGAAGUGGUCUGGGUGCAAUGGCCCUGUCCCCCUUAGUCCUGCAAUGCAAAUCAUUGCAGUUUUUAAGAAAGCCACUAGAGGCACUUUCUGCUUGUGAGGCAACUUUUGGUUGCCUGUCGCUGGGCAUCCUCAAACUUUGCAUGAGGAUAUCCAACGUCUGCUUAUUCCCUGUAGGAAAGCAUUGUUGCGAUGCUUUUCUGAAGGGGAGGGCCUAAUGUGUUGGUCAUGAAUGUGCAUAAGCACUCCCCACCAGCUGAUGGUGGAAGCGGAGCACUAUCCCAGCACCAAAGGAGUAGAGUGCUGCAAUCAGGGGAGUACAGUAAGGAUUUAUUAACCCUUACGGUGCUGGGGACAGCACCAGCGUGGAGGUGGCCAGAGGAAAGUAUAGUGCCUGGAAGACUGAUUUGUAUCCCUUUAAGUGCCAGAUGUCUUGGAUUUGUAGCAAAUGGUAGCCAAAACAUUCACAUAGAUAUGGGAAAGGUGUCCACCUCCACAGAAAUAAAUGUCAUUCUUGAAAACCAAUAAAUCAUUCAUUGAAAUCUGGCUAUUAGACAACCUGUCAGUCAUCCCUUUACCAUCUGCUGUCCUAUAGAGCCAUGAUAUUAUGGCAACCUUGUUUAUAAUUCCUCAAAUAGUUUAUAAAGUUGCAGAGUAUUUUAUUGCUUGUGUGCCUAGCAUAGUUUAAAAUGGACAUCACACUUAAAGGGACACUCCACUGCCCAAAUACAAUCACUGUUUAGUACAUAUACCCCAAUGAAAAUGUGCAAAAGCUUCUGAUCUCUCAUGGGCAGCCAUUAUAAGCUUCUAACCUCACUCAGCCUUUCUUCCCAAGGAAGCUCAAUGAGAAAUCUUUGCAAGGCCAGUGCUCUGAGCAAUUGCUGCCUCUUGAGUUUAGAUCUACUGAACUAACCAAACCAGGAAGUAAAAGGGCCUGUAUGCUGUUUGACAACCAGCAGUGUGUGACUAGGUUAAUUUAUAUAAGUGCCAGUUCCUUUUGAAAUCUGCACUUUUUAUUAAGUUGAAAAAAAUCUGGACACAUUCUUCACACACAAACCGCUUCAGGAUUCUAGAAGGUCCCUUUAAAGUUCACAACUGUUAAAUGGUUUUCUUUGCAAAUUCUUUACAAACUUAAUGACUGUGCAUUCACUCACAGGGUAAGUAGCACUUCCACAAUUCUGGUUUCAUCGCAAAGUCCCAUUUCGAUGGCUUUGAUUCGUCGUUUGCUGUGUUCAUCUCUUCCCCGCAACCACUCAGCACGUACAUUUGGGGCAGAUGCAGGCAAUCCAGGGACAGGAGGUGGGUACCAAUACUCAGACUGCAAGUAGAUUGGUGUAAAUAUUGCAUUUGUUCAUAUUGACAGUAGCCUCUUCAGCUGGAUGCCACUCCAAUUGGUCGUUAAUUGGCUGAGAGCAUUACCUUGGUACUCUUAGUCAAUUAACUGUCCUGUUGGAACUAGGGAUACACCGAAAUGAAAAUUCUAGGCCGAAGACGAAAAUUCAGGAUGUCUUUGGCCGAAAGUGAAAUUUUUCCCCAAAUAAUUUAAAAACAAAGUUUAUUUUUUUCUUAUAAUUUUAUUAAUAUUAGACUUUUUAAUGAAUUUAAUUAAUCUAAUAUGAAAAACUUCCCUUCUCUUUUAUCAGUUUCCCCUCCCUUAAUGUUCCUCUCUCCCCCCUCCCUCUUUUUUGUGUUCUUUCCACCCUCCUCCCCAGUCCCAUAGUGUCGUCGUCCCCCUCCCCUGUCCUAUAGUGUUCUUUCCCCCGUCUCAGUGUUCUUGUCUCCCCUCCCCUGUCCCAUAGUGUUCUUCCCCCCCUCCCCUGUCCCAUAGUGUUCUUCCCCCCCUCCCCGUCCCAUGGUGUUCUUUUCCCCUCUCCUGUCCCAUAGUGUUCUUUUCUCCCCCCGUCCUUGUCCUAUAGUGUUCUUUUCUCCCCUGUUCCAUAGUGUUCUUCUCUCCCCCCUCCCGUGUCCCAUAGUGUUCUUUUCUCCCCCCUCCCCUGUCCCAUAGUGUUCUUUUCGUCUGCAAGCAUGUCUGUUAAACUAUGCACUACAAAAAAAUAUAUAUAUUUUCUGCAAAUUUGACCAGUUUUCGGCAGAAACGGAAUAAGCCCUUACACACACAGCACACACAAACGCAAACAGCUUCCUCACACACAGCACCCUUAUUCACACACACUAACAGCACCCUUAAACACACAGCGCCCUCACACACAGCACUGCAGUGUGUGUAUAUACCAUAUAUAUAUAUAUAUAUAUAUAUAUAUAUAUAAAUAAAAAAAUAUAGAAACUGGCUUGGACUCACGGUUUCUUUGAAGUCAAAACUAUUUCUUUAUUGCGAAUUCAUAAAAACUCUGAUCACGUGAGUGCAUGCCAGUUUCUAUAUAUUUUAUAUUUUUUGGCACUUGGCUUUAAGUAUGCACCCGGUAAUAUUAAUUUUGGAGUGUGAGUGCAAGGACUACUAAGUUUUUUUUUCUAUAUAUAUAUAUAUAUACACACACACACACACACAGCGUGUGUGUUUGUACUUUAGGGUGCACACCCUUAUGCAAAAGACUGCGCACGCCUAUGCACAUAUGAAGACAUAUGACUCUAAUGUAAACAUUCUUGCAGUGUGUUGACAUAAGCAUGCGUAUUGUUCAUUUAUAUAUGCGUUCCAGCAGAGAUAUUCACUAAACUGUAAAUUGUCAGGAAUCCAUCAAUGAAUUGCAAUUAUGGGGCAAGAAUAGCUAGGCUGGAAACAUAACUAAUUUUUUAUUUUACCUUAUUAAUAGAGCACCAAUACAUUUCACAGUGUACAUUCAGGGGCAUUUUAGCUGCGAGGCAAACAAGGCAUUUGCCUUAGGCGGAAUUUUCCAGGGGGCGGCAAAAAAAGCCGCCCCCCAAAUGCCCAGGGCAAAUGCCUUGUUAGCCUUGCGGCUAACUAACAUGCUGGGCUGGGCGGGCGGCGUUGACAGGCAGGCGGCUGGCGAUGGAGCUCUUCCUCUGUGCUGUCUGCUCAGCUCCCUCGCGCGCCGCAGAGUGAGGCUGGGAACCGGAAUAUGAUGUCAUAUUCCGGCUCCCAGCCUCACUCUGAGGCACGCGAGGGAGCUGAGCAGACCGCUCAGGGAAAGUGCUCCCUUGCCAUCCGCCUGCCCGUCAGUGCCGCCCGCCCAGCAGCCACUGGACCCCAGGGAGAUAGAGAACCCCUUCCCUCCCACCCAGCACUCCCAAAGGUAAGGAGGGGGGGGGGGGGUUUAAAAAAUAAAUAAAUUAAAAAAUGUGUUAAUGUGAGUGAGUGUGUGUGUCUGUUAGUGAGUGUGUGCUUGCCAGUGAGUGUUUUUGUGUGUGUCUAACUGUGUGUGUAUGUUUGCCUGUGUGUGUCUGCUAGUGUGUGUCUGUUAGUGAGUGAGUGUGUGUCAGUGAGUGUGUUUCUGUUAGCUAGUUUAUGCGUAUCUGUCAGUGAAUGUGUGUGUGUGUAUUUAGAAGGUGGGGCGGGGGGAAGGGAUGGAUGGGGGGCGCGCGCGGUUGGGGGGCGCCUGAGUUUUGUCCUGCCUAGGGCAGCACAAAACCAGGAUACACCACUGUGUACAAUGUGUACGCUGUGAAAUGUGUUGAUGCGUUCUAAUAAGUUAUUGCAGAGGAAUCUGUUAUGUACAUGUGUACAAUUGGUACAAGUAAAAAGACAAAAGGUACAAUACAUAAGUGAACACAAAUAAAGGUGGAGUUUAGGGCCAUAUUCCCAUAGGAAUUUACAAUCUAUACCAGUGGCUCCUAGCCCAGUCCUCAAGUACCACCUACCAGUCCAGGAUUUAGGGAUUACCCAGUUGUGUCUCAGGUGUUUUUAGAAAGAAAUAAACCACUUUAGACAAAACAGGGUAAUCCCUAAAUCCUGGGGAUACUUAAGGACUGGGUUGUGAACCCCUGAUCUAGACUAUGAGAUUUUUUCCAGUUCAACAAUUUUGGCCUAAAACUAUGUUUCACUGAAAUUGUUUGUAAAUUUCCUGCUAGAUAAUAUUUGCUUUCCAUUGACACUGUUUAAUGACCUUGGUAUGUUACAAAAUCUUAUCCCUUUACCUAUGUCUCCUUACAUUUUUAAUAGAGAGACUUCGGAACAGCAUGGGUGAGCGGGCGACCUGGGAUACAUUUUACUCACGGUCUUUCCCCAACGACUCAUUACAUUUUGAUUGGUUCUUUGGCUAUGAUUUCCUACGUGGCUUCCUGCUAUCUUUAAUUGGUGAUAUAGCCCCAAAGGUUUUUGUUGGAACACCCUUACAUGUGGUGGACGUUGGCUGUGGCACUUCGGACUUGGGUUUAUGUUUGUACCGUGAUUCUCCUAUUCCAAUAAUGGUAUCCUGCAUAGAUCGCUCAGAACCAGCUGUGCUCGCAAUGAGAGAGAGACUCAAGAAAGGACACCCUGUCAUUCCCCAACACCCGGAUUCUCACCUGGAAUAUAUCCAAGGUGAUGCCACGGACCUCAGUACCUUUCCUUCAACCAGUGUGUCACUCGUGCUUGAUAAAGGCACUUCAGAUGCUCUGCUCCGUUCAAGUAGGUUGGAAGCAUGUAAUAUGGUAAAGGAAUCUCUUCGGAUUCUGCAGCCAACUGGAAAACUGGUCCAGUUGACAGAUGAGGACCCAGAUGCUAGGCUUCCAUUCUUGGAGAAGGCAGGUGCAGGACCUACAGUGACACCACAUGAACUGGGGGAAAAGAAUGGGGUGUUGUAUUAUGCUUAUAUUGUGACACCACUUCCGUGCUCUGCUUAAUAAAACAAACAAAAGACAAAACAUGGAUUUUGGAUUAUCUUUGUUUAUUAAAAGUACACUUAACUCAUUAUAACCACUACAGCAAUAGGCACAGUG